AUGGCGCACAUGCGCGUGGUGCACCGGGACGAGGAGGGCCACAAGGUGGCGGAGAAGCUGCCGGUGCCGGAGACGAGGCGCCCGGACACGGCCAGGCACGUGGAGCGCAAGCUGGAGGAGCAGGGGCUGCACCGGCUGGAGCGCCACCCGGCCAACGCGCCCCGGGGCGUCGGCAUCGGCGCGCCCCCGCCCAAGUCCGGCCGCGGCGGCAAGUACACCUGGGAGGGCCCCGAGGGGCUGGUCGACAGCGAGCUCGACCCCGCGCCCGCCGCCAUCGACCGCAACGACCCCAACUACGACGAGGAGGAAGGCGGGGAGCAGGACGAGGUGGCCAAGGAGGUGGUCGUCGGGGAGGUGGAGGUCGCCAAGGUGGCCCAGGCCCGGGCCGGCGUCGCCAGGGUCGAGGUCGCGCCGCCGCUCCUCCAGGACCACGACCACCAGCAGUAG